AUGGAAAAUAAUUACUGUGAAGAUAUUACCCUUUUUUUUUCCAUAAAAGAUUUAGAAAAAAUAUUAAAUGUUUUUAACAAUGCUAAACAAGUAAAAAGAGAUACUCAUAAAGUUUUUAGUUUUGGCAAUUCUUGUGAAUUAUUGUUCGAUUCAAAUUGUUAUUCUGUAAUUGAGGAAAAGACAGAAAAAAAGGAAAUUAAAAAAAUAUCCUCAUUAAGUUUAUUAAGCAAUGAAAACGAUCAAAAAUUUGAAGAAAAAAAUAUGAACAAGCAAGGUAAUAAAAAUAUAAAUGAAGAUGAAAAAGAAAGUAUAACAUUAAAAUCAUUUGAAUUAAAAAAAAAAAAAAAAAACUUUUUAUUUAAUGAAAAAAAUGCAUAUGAUCACCAUGAAUUAAUUAGCGAAGAAAUAUUUAAUUGUUUAUAUAAGAAUACAAAAAAUGCAAAAUUUACAAAAAAAUAUAAAUUGUUAAUAGAAAUAAUAAUUCAAGCUAUUAUAUAUGCAAAUAAAAUUAAUCUAGAUAUUUAUAAAUUGAAUUUAUUUUUAUCUAUUAUAAUUAUGGUUAUGUACAAAAUUAUGGAAAAUUUACGAGAAAAUAUAAAAAGACAAAAAAAACGAAAAGAAAUAACAAUAAACUAUUUUGUAAAUUUAUUAGAAAAAAACACAAGCUAUCUUGAUCAUAUUCAGCUAAGCAAAGACACCCGAAAUGGCGAAUUAGAAAAUGGCGAAUUAGAAAAUGGCGAAUUAGAAAAUGGAGAAUUAGAAAAUGGAGACAAUUCAAAAGUUGAAAAGGUUGUAAAAGUUGAAAAGGUUGAAAAGGUUGAAAAGGUUGAAAAGGUUGAAAAAAAUAGUAAGAGAGAAAAAAAAGAAAAAAAAAAAAUGGAAAAAAAAAUGGAAAAAGAAAUGAAUAAUAUAGAAAAUGAUAAUAAUUUAAAAAAUAAAAAGGAAACCCAUGAUGAUAAUAUAAAAACGCAAAUCCUUGAAGAUGAAAAGAAUUCGAUUCAAAAUGAGAUGGACAAAAAUAAUAAAAAUAUCACUGACAACAAUUUAAGCUCUUCUGAUACUAUAAAUAUAGAAAAAAAUAUCGUUCUUUUUCAACAUUAUGAAGCUAAAUACAUAAUAAAAUAUAUGUUUAACGAAAUAUUUUCAAUAUAUAAUAUAUUGGAAUAUUUAUUUUUAUUCCCUCCUCUUUCUGUAAAUUUAUCUUUUUGUAAUACAUUUGCAAAUAUAUCUUCACCACACAAAUUUUCGACACAUAAUGAAAUAAAAUAUGAAUCAGGUAAAGAACAAACAGAAGAAAAUGAAUUUUCUGCAAAUUCAUACAUUAAGGAAGCACUUGAUGUUCCGCUAUUUGUACUUGAUAAAUUUUAUGGUCAUAUUAAAGAAUUACAAAAUAAAAUUAAUCAAGCAAUAAUUUGA